GGAAUGCAAGACACAUGCACACAAUCGCCUCCCGCAGCGGCUCACACAACUUCAUCGCCGACCUACAGUGUGUAUAAGUUUGUGUAUAGUUGCUAUAUUCCUGUUUAGGUGGGAUACUCGUAUAUCAUCAGUGCAUGAGAAUCAUCAGUGACUACACAGGAUGAGGACAAAACCAGUAACUGAAUCCGUCUAAAGAAAAUUUCUACAAGAAAGUAUGUGGUUGGUGGCGAGAUACUGUUCAGAAUUUGAUACGAAUAGUAAAAAUAUUGGUUAUAUGAGAUUUUAACAUAGUACACACUGUGAUCAUUUUCAAAAUGGAAGGUAACGACCAAAAUCGGGCCUUACGUGAAAUUCAAAACACUUCCGAAUCCAAUGAAGAAUUAAAAGACGAGAAUAAUCCUGAGAAUGUUUCACUAGACGAAUUACGUAGGACAGAGUCGGCAGCAAAUGUGUCGGACGAUAUUCAAUCGAUCACUAAUAUUGCUGAUCCUGCACAAAAUAAGGACAAGACCGUCACAAAAAACAAACCCCAUAAAAGGGCUUCAAACAAGGAUACAAAUAUGCCAACACCCUCAAAGAAAUUGAAAGUAAAUAAAAAUGUUAAAACAAGUAUUAGUGAUGGCCUCUAUAAAGAUUAUAAACCUGGUGUUGCAGUCGCGGAUCAUAAAUACAAGAAAAAGACCUCACUGAAAAGUAAAGAACAAUCUGGAACUAUGUAUGAUUCUGGCAAUAACAGUACGCCCAGUAACACACAUAAUCAUAGCGACAAUGUGGACCAUGAGGUACCACAGGGCUUAGCGGAAAAAAUUGCCAUAGAUAACAGUAGUAGUCUUCGACCUAACAAUAACUUGGAAUCAGAUUCAUCUUACUCUGGUGUUCCUAAAACAGAUCUUACAUCUUCCAAAAAGCCACGGGUAUCUUCACAAUUAAAACCACCGAGAAAUACUGUAUGGGGGAAUGAAUAUCAGAGAAUCCUACAGAUAUUGCUAAGACAAAGAGGAACUAAGAGUUCGUCUAUGGCCAUUGAGGUGUCUGGUGUUGGAAGUAUGGAUGACAUGGUUUACAAUAAUGAAAAGGAAAAUCGUUGUAGGAUGUUCCAAGUGAAAUACUCAAAUUCGGUUUCAACCCAUAAAAUCAAAACUUCGGAGCUUUUAUCAACAAACUGGACUAAUAUUAAUUCUAAAAAACUAUAUCUUUUGAAAUAUUUCGUCUCGUUUUGUGCCAUCAAAGAAAACGAUAAGUAUGCAGGAAAAGAAAUAGAAGAAGUAACAUGUCUUACAAACCGGGAGUUGGUUUGUACUAAAAAACCGAUGAAAUUAUUGUUGGAAGUGGAUUUGAAGAAUGAUGAUCUUUUGUACUUUGGUGAUUGUAAAGCGACUAAGUACGCCCUAAGUGUAGAUUUUUUUAAAGAGGACAGAGUUGUACAAAAGUUAAAUUCUUUAUGUAAGAGGUAUCUUCCGACCAAGUUUGAUAAGGCUGAUGAAAUUAUUUUGGAAUUUCAACAGAAAAUUCGUGUUGUGGUGAAUUAUCCUGAUUACAAAGAUACAAGAACUCGUGUGUUUAAAGAAGUACUCAACGACGACACAUUCGAUUUUGAAAAAUGCGAACUUCUUUAUUGCUGUGUGGAGUAUUUUGAAACGAAAUUACUAAUGGAUGAAGAAAAGUUUAUAACUCGAGAGGAAUGGCAAAAUGUAAUAGAGGAAUUGAAAGAGUUCAUAAACAUACUGAAAACAACAGGCAUUUCCGAACUAAAGACUUGUGAACUUAUAAGAGAAGUAGAUGGCGUUGUGUUUCAUAAUGAAAGUUUAAAGGAUAUAUUUGAAAAUAUAAAGACUUUUUUAGCAACCGAUGGACAAAACAUCUUGUGCUUCUCUAACGCUCAACAUGUACAAUUCAACGCUAUCAAAGUUCUUCGUAGUUUGGAAAAGAUAUCAAAAGGCAACGAAGGUGGUGCCAACAAGUUUAAAUUUAUAUUCUGCACGGUUAAAACAUUACUGGCCGCAAACUCUCCUGUGGAUUCCUAUUUAUCUGCAGCGUCGAUUCUACCAGUAAUCACAUGCUCUAGUGGAAAGUAUGAUGAAAAUACUAAAAUACUAGCACGAGAUCUUGGGAAUCAAAUAGAAGGUACUAAGAAGAAGAUAAUAAUAGUAUCAAAUGGUGAAAACCUUUUUCUAAAUACCUUGAAAGAAAUUGUAACAGGAAUUGUCUUCAGCAACAAUUGUAAUCAUAGUUUCAGAGAUUUAACUUCUACCUCACAGAAGAAAAUACUGGGCUACGAAAUAACGUUUCAAGGGAAACAGCUAAAAUUGAGUUCUUUGUUUAAAAACGAUAUUGAGUUUGCUUGUGAUGUGCUGGAUGAGAAUUACUUGUGGGAGAUCAUUAAUAAGAAAAAGGAGUGUGUCAUCAACAACACAGAAGCUUUUGUUUCUCCAGGAUAUGACGAGCGAUAUUACAUUGAAAGGAAUUUCUGCCAGAAUAUUGUUGAUCGUGCGGUAUUCAAGAAACGUAUUGAAAAAGAUAUAUUUCUUGUUACUGGAUCGUUUGGGGUCGAAAAUGAGUUUAUAGUAAACGUUUUACACGAGAAUGGAAUAAAAAAACUCCAGGAAUGGGACCCAAGCAAGGGUUACAGCAGUGGGGUUGUGAUAGGCUUACCUGACACAAGUCAUGGCAUAUACGAACAGUUGUGUGGUGGAAGCGGAGAUACAAAUGUACACCUGAUAAUGAUAAAAAGUGAUCGUGAUCUUGUUCACAUUGAUUCAAAACAUCCUUUUAAAAGAUUAAUCAAGACGGAAACAAAAAUAAUACCAGAAAACUAUUUCAUAAAGAAGGUAGAUUCUGAGAAAGUUUUUAUAUUUGUGAGUGACUCUGGUGUUGGAAAGUCAACAAUACUUACAAGCAUUUGUGAGAAGAGAAAAGAACAAAUGUUUUGGGUUUUAAAGAUUGACUUGAAUAAGAUAUCUAAACAUAUUUCUCCACAAAUACCCGAAGACUACACUUCAAUAAACACGUGUGUCGGCUUAAUUGAGAAAACCUUAUAUUCUACAAAUCCUGACAGUAGUCUAGAGCUAAAACUAUUCAGGCACAUUUUGUCUCCGUCUCAAAAAAAUCUUCACCUUAAAACCGUACUUUUAUUGGACGGCUUCAACGAAAUUCAGCCUUCUCAAGAUUUUUCGUACGAGUCUAACAUAGAUGAGGAUGUGAAAAGAAUUCAACGUGUUGUGCACGUCUGGAUUAACACGUUGCGGAACCAUUGUAACUUGGAACAGGUCGUGAUUACUGCUCAAGUUCAAGAAAAAUUUGAGCUAGAAAAUAAUCUUCAAGUAUCAGCUUAUUUUUUGAAGCACCUUGAUCGCCAAGAGCAAAAAGAACUAAUGGCUCGGUACUGGGCCAAAGAGUACAACAGUAGAAGCCCGCCUUUGGAAAUCAAGCUCAGUGUUCUCCGUUGCGAUGCCGAAAAUGUUAUCGAGGAAUGGGAAAAAAUAAUGACUGAUGAAAAGGACAAAUCUUUUACAAACGUUUCAUUGAACGUCAUUAUGUUGGCAGAUGUCCUCAUUGACACCGACCGUCGCUUUAGUGACACGAUUGAACUGAAAAAUUUAUAUAGUAAAUUUGUUUCAAACAAAAUUGUUCUUUACUUUAAGGGUCAAAGCGAGUGCUCCGAAGUCAUCAAGGCGAUGACAGAAUGUUCCUUUCGUAAGAUACAUCAAGAAUGCUCGCUUAAAAAGAUGUUUUCACCGAUGCUUAUUGAAAAGUUGCCCGGAAUGAAUGAACUAGAAUUGUAUGAACGGCAUCUUGGUCUCGAAGUCAUGAGUAGCACUCUGGCGAAGAUUGGACUUUUGAUGUUCAACAAAGGGAAUAUGUCUUUCAGUCACGAGAGCUUUGCACAGUAUUUUAUCAGUGAGUAUAUUGCUUACAAUAUGAAGCUGCAUCCAGUACAAAAUCUGUUUAUCAAAUAUGUAUUGCCUCAAAAGAAUAUGAAGCUAUGUAGGAAAUUCCUUGACACGAUUUACAAAAACAAAUUUGCUGGAGAGGACAAACUGAUUAAUCUGAGCGCUGACUGUAGAAACUCAUUAAAUAACAGUAAAAACUGUAUUCAUUUGUUGCCUUCUUUGAGAGAAAAUAAUCUGUUUGUUGUACGGAUGGUUUUGGAGUUGCUAAAUGAAGAAGAAAGAUACAAAUAUGUUGAUAAAAUCGUGCAAGAAACAUUAAAAAAGAAAUUUAACGGAAACCAUAAUGGAGACAUCCUUCUAAGGAAUUUAAUGAACCUUUCUCUUGAAGAAUUGCCAUCUAAGUUAGUAAAAAUCAUCAAGGGUGACUAUAAUUUGGCUGAGUCAUCAAUUAAUCCCUCAGUACUGCAGGUUUCACCGGUGAAAAAUGAUUAUACUGCCGAUGCCUGGGAUCGAAGUGAUGAACCAUCCUACGAAGAAGAUUCACCAGAGGAAGAUGAUUAUACUAUCGAUGCCUGCGAUAUAUCUGAUGAACCAUUCCACGAAGAAGGUUCACCAGUGUCUAUGCUACCGACGCCUCGGAUCGAAGUGAUGAAUGAAGAAGAUAAAGAUAAUGGAGAAGGUUCACCAGUGUCUAUGCCACCGACGCCUCGGAUCGAAGUGAUGAAUGAAGAAGAUAAAGAUAAUGGAGAAGGUUCACCAGUGUCUAUGCCACCGACGCCUCGGAUCGAAGUUAUGAAUGAAGAAGAUAAAGAUAAUGGAGAAGGUUCACCAGUGUCUAUGCCACCGACGCCUCGGAUCGAAGUGAUGAAUGAAGAAGAUAAAGAUAAUGGAGAAGGUUCACCAGUGUCUAUGCCACCGACGCCUCGGAUCGAAGUGAUGAAUGAAGAAGAUAAAGAUAAUGGAGAAGAAUAAAGAUGCAUAACGGAGACCGUAGCCUGACCUGAGCAACAUUAACAGUCUUCGCCUUCCAGUGUCUUCUAGAAUUCCAUCUUCUUCCAGAAACAACUUUAAUUCUUCUUCUUCUAAUCUAGCUCAACAUGGGUUUUUAAUUUUCUCUUUCCGAGUGUUGGAGACUACUGUAAUAGUUCAGUGAUUAUCUUCUUUUAAAUUGUUGAAUUUCCAUGAGACCAAUGUAAUGCGCAUAGGAAUUUCAUCGCGGAUUUUAUCCUGCUUCUAUGUUUUAUUGUAUUCUUAUUUUAAUUAAAUGUCAUUAUCUUAUAA